AGGUGAGGCCCGAGCGAAGAAAAGUGGAAAAGAGUGUUAUUCGUCAAAAAACCCACACAACGACGGUAAUUUUUUCGCCGUGCUAUUGUAAAAUUGUCUUUUAUCUGUGUUUUGUGUUCCGGGGGACCCCGACUCCAGAAUGUGAAAGUUUCCCGCGUGAAGCCGUGGAGCUCGAGAUCCUGUUUACUGUGGACUAGCUGUGUGUGACGCCCUGUUGUUUUUGUUUCCAUUACAAAAAAAAAGCUCCACCGUCUCGCCGAGUGCCAGCAAGAGUCAUGAGUACUUGUCAACUCGACUCCUCAACUGGAGAUAACUUUCUAGCCCCUCACCAUGGGGAAGGAUGUAUUCAUAUGCCUUCACCAGCACAUGCAUUAAACAUGCAGAGAGUUACACAAGUUCUUACCACCUUGGGGCACCAUUCAGACAACUACAAAGACGCAUUAAAAAUAAUGCAACAAUAUGGAAAGGGCUGCAACACCUCAGACCUGCAAUCUGAGGCAGAGAACGAGGAGCUGCCAGAAAAAAGGAACAGGAAGCCAGUCCAUCGUCUCGGGGACUCAGAUGAUAGCGAAGAAGACCCGGGAAAUAGUGACCUCACAUCUCUGGGGUUGGCAAGCCAAUUGCACAGGCAGACUCCACCGUCUCGCCGAGUGCCAGCAAGAGUCAUGAGUACUUGUCAACUCGACUCCUCAACUGGAGAUAAUUUUCUAGCACCUCACCAUGGGGAAGGACGCAUUCAUAUGCCUUCACCAGCACCUGCAUUAAACAUGCAGAGAGUUACACAAGGAACGGCAGUCCCUCCUCGACUCCCUCCACCCCCCUCACCAGCAGCCCUCAACAUGUGGCAGACAGAGGAGCCUGGAUCCAGCCUGGCCUACAGGCCAACAUGGCGAGGGGAAAGAAUGGCCGACAACAUUUCCUGCUCUGCGCCUGAGGUAAUCCAGAACCUUAGCCUGCUCUAAACUAUUAAGCACAACCAAGACCAGCUGAUUGCGAAGGU